AUGCCUUCCAAGAAAUCGAAACCCAAGGCGCUCAAGGCCUCCAACCAGGAUGCGCACUUUCAGCUCGUGCUCGAGGCGGCGCAGAGGGUCGUUCAGGUCCUCACCUCGCAUAAUCUGCCGUGUGCCGUGUUUGGGAGUUUGGCCAGUCGGUUGUAUGGAGCUUCUAGAUGUCCCAAGGACGUAGACCUCCUCGUUUCCCAACCCGCUUCUUCUUCUUCCGAGGACUCCCAACAGCUCCUAACGCCCCAACAACUCAAAACCCUCAUCCUCGACACAGACCCGCAACACUUCUUCCUCACCCUCCCGCGGGACCCCACAGCGCCCUACCGAAUCCUCCACUACCGCAAAUGGUACAUGGGUCCCGAAUGCAAAGUGGACAUCCUCGUCCCGGGGAUCAUGCACCUCCCCUCCAUACCCCCUUCGUACACCACACUCGUCGAGGGUGUACCCCUUGUCCCGUUUGAGCUGUUGUUGUUGCACAAGUUGCAGGGGUGGGAUGAUCAUAGGCGGAUGGUGGACGAGCCGCAUAAGAUGAGGAAGCAGUAUCAGGAUGCGGCGGAUGUGAGGCGGUUGAUGGGGAUGCAGGAGGUUAUGAGGGGGUUGUUUGUGAAGGGGAAGGGGAGGACGAGGGGGGCGAGCGCCUCCACCUCUACCGCUGCCACCUCCACCGCUGCCACCAAGUCAACCACCGCUGCCACCACCACCCCCGCCGCCCAGGACGACGAAGACCCACCACCCCUCUGGUGGCGCAACCCCGCCCUCUUCUCACCCGAGUUCCAAGAGCUCACGGAGAGACGGGUGCAGGACUACUGCCUCGCCUUCCCUGAGCGCGCGAGAAGGUGGAGGGCGCUCGGGUUCGACGUGCCUGAGCCUGAUGCGUUGGCUAAGGUUAGGGAGAAGGCGAAGGCUAAGGGGAAGGGCAAGGGCAAGGGCAAAGCUGGGGACAAGGGUCAAGGCAAAGGCAAUGGGGAAGGGGAAGGUGGGGAGCGAAAUGGGGGUGGAGGAGGUGAGGACGACGACGACGAUGAUGACGACGACGACGCGGGAGGCGAUGAAAAGCCCCACCUCGACCUCGACGCGGACGACGACGACGACCAACCCCAGGACGACACCUUCCAACCACGCGCUCUGAGAGCUCCGAAUCGACACCCGAGUCGACAUCGACGCCUGCGCUCAGAUCCUAUAAUCCACAACUCCAAUAAUUUCGACGACGAGCCCGAACCCACUGCUACUAGCACCACGGGUAUCACCAGUAGCGGUAGUAGGACUACUGGCGACUCGGACGGUGUAGGGGAGCUGGACUUGGAGCCUGUAAAGUUUGCGGGGCUGUCUGCGUCGCCGUUGGCUCAUGUUCGUGUUGAUAAUGUGUUUGGCGAUGAGUAG